AUGGUAGUUAAUUUCCAGAAUGACCUGAGAAUAAGUAUGACAUCUGAGAGUCUGAGCCCCAUACGGUGCAUCUUGGGGACUGACCCAAAAGUUGGCAAUUUGACGGAGUUAGAUGCCACUAGUAGACUGAGAGGGGCGGGAGUGCCAGGCACACGGAACAGCACCAGACCACACCAACCUGGAACAGCAGAGGAACCCAGCCAGUGCACCAGUCUGGGAGAGCGCUGGGCAAGCAAAACAUGGGAACAAGAGCAGGCCCAGGGUGGAAGUACCAGCUACAGUGGCGAUGGAGCCCCAGUCCUCUCAGCCCAGAACAGGAGUCUGCUGGAGCUACAGGAGACACCACGACCUGAAGCAGAAGAGGAGGGCUGUGCUGGCCGCCAGGGACCCAGCGCCCACCUGGCCACCCCUUCCCUCCUCCCAUACCCUUCCCCUGCCGCGGGCUCCAUCACAAUCAAGGCGAUCCUCAUCUUCAACAACCACGGGAAACCCUGGCUCUCCAAGUUUUACCAGCCCUAUAGUGAAGAUACACAGCAACAAAUUAUCAGGAAAACUUUCCAUUUGGUGUCUAAACGAGAGGAAAACGUCUGUAAUUUCCUAGAAGGAGGAUUGCUAAUAGGUGGCUCUGCCAACAAAUUGAUUUACAGACAUUAUGCCACAUUGUACUUUGUCUUCUGUGUGGAUUCUUCAGAAAGUGAACUUGGCAUUUUAGGCCUAAUACAAGUAUUCGUGGAAACACUAGACAAGUGUUUUGAAAAUGUCUGUGAACUGGAUUUAAUUUUCCAUGUAGACAAGGUCCACCGUAUUCUGGCAGAAAUGGUGAUGGGGGGAAUGGUUUUGGAGACCAAUAUGAAUGAAAUUGUUAAAAUUGAUGCUGGAAAUAAACUGGAGAAAUCUGAGGCUGGCUUAGCAGGAGCUCCAGCCCGUGCAGUAUCCAUUGUAAAGAAUAUGAAUCUUCCUGAGAUCCCAAGAAAUAUUAACAUUGGUGACAUCGGUAUAAAAGUGCCAAACCUAACCUCUUUUAAAUAA